AUGGAUCAAGAUUUUGUUCUGAAAAUUACAAAACAGUAUUUUUAUACAGCAGGAUUUUAUUUAAUGCCUUUUAAGCCAUCUAAUAGAUCUGGCUACUUGAAAAUGGUUUUAAAGAAAAUUCAGUUUGUAUUUGGUAUUGGAAGCAUUUUAACAGCGGCUAGUUUGUGUGCUUUAUACAUUUAUUUUAAUUUAUCGGACAUGAAAAAUAUUUUUGAAGGACUUUCAAAUAUCAACUUAUUGACCAUCACUGCCUUUAAGGCUUUGAUCAUUUGGUGGAAACACGAGCCAAUUCUUGAAGUUUUGAGAAAACUGAAGCUUGAAAAUGAUGAAAAACGAAGCAAAAAGUAUUUGAAAGGAAGUUUAAAGUUUUUUCAUCCUUAUCAGAAGUUUUCAUUUAUUUUAUUUGCAACAACACUAAUUGGCUUUGUUUUAGCAUCGAUUGUAAGAAACUUUUCUUUGGGUCCGGAUGAGAAAUCGUUGAUUUAUAAAAUUUAUUUGCCAUUUGAUUAUCAACCAAUGGUGAUCUACAUCAUUACCCAGAUAUGGUCGGAAUUUGUAGGUUUUUCUUGUGCAUUUUUGCAAGUAGCAUGUGAUGGUUUGUUCUUUGGAAUUUUGAUCAUGUUAUCAAGUGAAUUUAACGAGCUAAGUGAUGUGCUGAUCAAUUUAGACUAUAAAAAGGAUCAUCUUCAGCUAAGAAAUUGUGCAAUAAAGCAUCAGGAGCUUUUACAAAUUAAUAAAGAGAUUGAAGCAAUUUUCUCAUUAUCAACUUUUCUCACAUUUGUAGACAGUUCAUUAACAAUUUGUUUUGCAACUUUAGAAUGUUUCAUUGGUCAAGAAGAAUGGUUGAAAUAUGUAACUUUUGUUUUGUAUGCAGCUAUCAUUUUAAAUCAUAUAUUCUUUUACUGCUUCUUUUGUCAACAACUUCAUGACGCAAAUUCAAAUAUUGGUGAACAAAUCAUUAUGGGUAAUUGGUAUGAAUCUAAUGAUAAAAGAGUUUUAACAUCAGUUCAUCUUAUUUUGAUGAAAUCACAGCAAAUCGUAAAGCUAACAGCUCUAAAUUUUACGGUUAUCACAAUAAACUCUUUUUCUAAUACAAUGAGAACUGAAGUUCAACAAGUUAGAAUUAUAGACAAUCUACUUCUAUUACAGGAAAGCUCAAAAUGGGUUUUAUAA